UAGGUAUACGUCAGCAUUGGUUCACAGAUGCUCUAUGCCUUAACAUUAUACAUUAUGUUCAAAAUAGGCUAUACGGAGGGUGUGAUAUUGCUGGGAACCACUACUAGUCAGGCUGAAGUGAUACCCAGCGGGCGUAGAUGAAGGACACGAGGAAAGUGUGUAUACAAGCCGGGACAGAGAGGAAGAAGACGCAUCCGACAAGAUGGUUAAUGCCACAUCUAUAUUCGAAUUCCCCCUUCUCUUCGAGGCAUCCUCGCGCAAAUAUGACCGAUGGUUCAGGUGGUGGUGGUGCGGUGCGGUCCUUAUAUGGAGUAGAAAUGCCGUGGGAAAUAAAUAACCCACCAUGCCUACACCCACUGACAAAUCUGCUCCUUUGCCUAAACCCCUACCCUACACAACUUGCUGUAAAUAGUGACGCUGCCCUAGGGCAGACAGGCGACCGGGGAGAAACCCCACGUCGCGCGCAGCGAGACGAGAAGGCCCCGGGGGCUAACGCCGGGAAAUCUCCGAACGCCUGCCUACAUUAUGAUAGCCGCCUACGAUAUGGGCAUGGGGGUCAACUCGGGGAUCUCCUCGCGGCUUUGGCGUUUGAGACAUUAGGCACUCUUGGGCGUCCCCCGCUGCUCCUCGCCGUUCUUCACAUUCAGCUGGCGAAGGCAGCGACUAGGGAAUAUACACGUCUGGGCUACGCAGGUAGGCAUGUGUAUAUCACGGCAGCAAAGAAGGGGAGUGGGGCGGUCUACAUCCGGUAUCGUCGCAAUGGGCACCCGGGUAAUAGGUACGUGGCGCACCGUAGCGCGUUGAUCGGGCUCGGGAAUAAGGGAGAGAGAGGAGAAUGUCUCUACAGAGGAACGUUCCCCGGCGCCCGAGCCGCAGAGAUACGACGGUUUCGCGAAGAAGUACCGCGGUACGGGUGCGUACGAUGAGAGGAGUAAAGCAACUGAUGCCAAUGGACGAUUAUGACAGGCGGCCUCCGCUCCGCUCUCUCGUUGCAUAGAUACACGAAGAUACACUCGCCCCGUCCAACAGCGACAACCCCGGAUCGGGCGCCCGUUUCUGCUCCCGCCGGUGUCAAGCUUCCGCCCGCCACGUUCACAGUCUAGAUGCGGCGACGGGUGAAACCCCGGUCCGACUUCCGACCCCUCCCGGC